UACAAAUACGUUCCACUAGUUCAGGGAAGAACCAGAGACGCCGGUCAAAUGUUUGAAAGAAUGCCCAAAAGAAGUUCAUAAGCAAACAAACACCUUUCACCAGAGCAUCAUAUUAUCACUAUUGGAGCAAGUGUUUGUGAGAUUAUCUAAUGAAAGAGUGUUCAUUCAUAUACUAAGCAACAAGGAAGCAGUGUUCAUUCAUUUUUCGCCGAUCAAGUGUUUGUGAGAAUGCCUGAAAGAGGUUCAUAGUUGGUGAAAUUGUGAAUGCAUACUACAUGUUUGAUGUUAUGUUUAACAGAGUGUUGUUCGUAAGCAACCGACAUGUUUACCGCAGGCUCUUGCUCGGUAUUUUUGCGAGGAAACAAUUCAGUUCAGUGUCGAAAGUUGGUGACUUUGCGAGGGAAGGUCUUGAUGAGGCAUUGAAGGUUUUGGAUAUUAUGAUGUCGAAAACUAGUGAAACAGUGAGAGAUGACAGUAAUUGCCAUCGUCGGCUCAUACAGGGUUGCAUGCAGGAUCUUUUGGAAAUCAGUCGGCAGAAAUGCUCGGCAGAUGUAAACAAGUCUAUGUUCAGCAAUUUUGAAUCUGAUUUGGAUCAAAUUUCUCAUCUGGGGAUGAGUAAUUCUCUCUUAUUUCUUGAACUGCAUAAAAGAGGAGUUCAGAUGGAUGAUAGCCGUGUUUCGUGUAUUAUGAGUUCAUGUGGAAAUGAAUUGCCUCUUGAUUUCGGAAUACAACUUCAUGCACUUUUGAUAAAGCUCAGGUUUGAUAUGUCUGUUCAUACGGCGAGCUCGUUAAUCAGUCUGUAUUCGAAGUGCGGGCAGCUACUGGAUGCUUAUCGAAUUUUUGAACAAACGCCUGUGAAAAAUGCGAUCGCAUGGACUGCUAUAAUAGCUUCUUAUGCUCAGCAUUGCGAAACUGAAACAUGCUUAUCUUUGUUCAUCCUCAUGAGGCAAUCUAUGUUGAAGCCGAACGAUUUUACAUUUGCAAGUGUUCUCAGUGCAUGUACAAGCACUGCAUUGCUCGGGCUCGGAAGAAGUAUUCACUGCUUGGAAAUGCGAAUGGGAUUCGAUAAAUGUUUACAUGUUGGAAAUGCAUUGAUUUCUAUGUAUUCAAAAUGUGGGAGUAUCGAAGAAGCUCGUUGUGUUUUCGAGAAGAUGUUGCACAAGGAUUUGAUCUCCUGGAACUCCAUGAUUUUUGGAUGCGCGCACAAUGGUUUAGCUGAACAAGCUGUACAUUUGCUGCAAUGUAUGGAUGGAGAGAAUGUUAAACCCGACGGCAUCUCUUUUCUUGGUGUUCUUUCUUCGUGCCGUCAUACAGGCCUUGUAGAGAUCAGUCGUUGGUGCUUUAAUUCAAUACUCAAGCGUGGCAUCAAACCAGGGUUAGAUCACUAUGCAUGCAUUGUUGAUCUUCUUGGACGUGCGGGAUUCAUUGAAGAGGCAUUGGAGUUCAUCAAGAGCAUGCCAAUGCCUCCGAAUGCAGUUAUUUGGGGCUCGCUUCUUUCGUCUUGCAGAGUUCAUGGAAAUGUUCAGAUUGGAAUUCAGGCUGCUGAGCACAGACUUGUACUAGAACCGGAUUGUGCUGCCACUCAUAUUCAGCUAGCAAAACUGUACGCCGGUAUAGGGUGCUGGAAUCAAGUAGCUAGAGUACGGAAACUGAUGAAAGACAGAGGUCUCAAAACCAUCCCUGGACAUAGUUGGAUCGAAAUUGGCAAUGAUGUAUAUCGGUUCAAAGCAGAAGAUGGAUCGAACAACAAGUUCAAUGAAAUCCUCAAUGUAUUGGAUUGUUUAGGAGAACAUAUGAAGUUCUUGAAAACAUCAAUGUACAAUUGGACUUUAUUUACAAAAGAAUGACUCUACAAAUUUACCUUGGAAA